AUGGCGUCGCUCGAGAUGACCGAUAUGAAGAAGAUCGGCAUUGGGUUGACUGCGUUUGGCGUGCUCUUCUCGUUUCUCGGAGUCAUUUUCUUCUUUGACAAAGGGCUGCUAGCCAUGGGGAAUAUCUUGUUUCUCGCGGGUGUGACGCUCACAAUCGGUCUGCAAUCCACCAUCUCCUUCUUCACAAGGCGAAGAAACAGAAAGGGCUCGGCAUUUUUCCUCUCGGGGUUGGUUCUUGUUGUGAUUGGCUGGACAAUCGUUGGCAUGGCCAUCCAAGCAUAUGGCUUCGUCCUACUCUUCAGUGGCUUUCUUCCAACUCUUCUCGUUUUCGUGCAACAGAUUCCUGUGCUGGGAUGGCUGCUGGAUCAACCGUACAUGCGUCAGUUCUUGGGAAGAUUCAGGGAUCAUCUGCCUCCAUAG